UCUCUCUCUCUCUCUCUCUCUCUCUCACACACACACACACACACACACACACCUGCUAAAGGGCACUUCUUUACUCUGGAUUUCUUCAGAGAUGUAACAGAGACAGAAGACAGCUCAUGGCUCAUGUCUGUCCCUGAUACAGGGGGGAAAAGAAGACUAAAAGAUGUGUUUUUGUCCCAGUUAGGAUGAAAAAUUACUCUAAAUAUCUGUGGAGUCCUGUGAGGGAAAUCUAAUCUUUUUUUCUUUCAACUUUUGUCUUGAACUCUGAUAUGGAUCUGGAUAUGUGGCCUCUAAGAGUACUUCUCCUGCUUGUCUGGUGUUCAGGCUCAUGGUGCGAAAGCUGCAAUAUGACAAAAGUGUAUUUCGAGUCUCGCAAUUUUCACAGCACAAUCCGUUGGGAUGAAGUGAAAAUCCCAGGCCGAGAAGUUCGCUACAGUGUCAAGUAUAACAUAUAUGGAGAGCGACCCCGGAUGAUGAAUGGAUGCCAGAAUAUUUCCGAACCUUUCUGUGAUCUCAGCUCCGUGAUGACGGACGUUCGCUCUAAAUAUUACGGCAAGAUCAUGGCUGAUGGGAUAUGCCUAGGCGAAUUCAUGCAGUUCGUUCCGUUAGAAAAAACCGUUCUGGAAGCACCGAAGCUGUCCGUGAUAACGGACAGGUCCACUCUCACGGUAACCAUCACAACACCCAUGGGGCCUCAGAACCGCUCAAUUAGGGAGAUCAGCUGUUGGGAAAGGUGCCAGGAGUCUGGAAAAUCAUCUGUUAACUACAUUGUACAUCUCACACACCCGGAGUUUGAAGCUGGAAAGGUAUAUAGGAACACGUCUGGCAUCGUUACUCUGAGUCAUUUGGACAUGAACACAGAGUACUGUGGCGUUGUGUUGUAUGAGCUCACACAUCCCUACAUAAAGCUCCAGAGCGAAAACACCAGCUUCUGUCAGACUUUACCAGUUGCAGACAAGCCCUGGAUUUCUAUAUUCAUCUGCUCAGCAUUAGUGGUACUCUUCCUCCUGAUCAUCUUGCCUUUGAUUGUGUGCCAUCAGUAUGUCACAAGAAAGAGGAAACUCCCUGAGACGCUGAUCAUGUCGAAGAACACCACUCCUUACUUCAACCCAGAUCCUAAUGUAAAGAUAACCACAAUGAAAGUAUUCAAUGAAUCUCCAUGGAAUACCAUCAAGCCUGAACUAGCCUCAUCUGAUAUGCCAGAGAAGAUAAAGGCUGUAAACAUAACUGUUGGUUAUGCAGCCCAAGACUACCAUGACCAGGACUGGCACUGUCAUUCUUACAGUAAUGAACGGGUAGCACCAGUUAGGGACCAGAGUGAGGCAUCCUGCACAAGUUAUAGUAUGGUUGUGGGUGUGGUAGCACCCCAGGAUCGAGAGGAGUUAUCCAGCUGUGCUGCUGACAGUGGGAUCGGAGACUCCAUCAGCCCUGGAUUGUCAUCUUGCACAGAAGAGGAUCUAUUUAAGGUCAUUCGUCAUGCAGAACCAGACGAAGACCUGGGAAUUAUAGAGCCAGUCUCCAGCAGUGAGCUUUUAGUGCUGCCAGUCUCACGUGGUGCCAACGGGAAACUGCUGUUCUCCAACUUAACAUUUCAACCAAUAGAUUUAAAUGUAAACAACAGCUCAGAGCUUGUGCCUCUUGUGCCAAGGUCCUCACCAGCUGGAGAAAGGACUCUUUUGUUGACAAAUCUCGACUCUGCAGAUAAUUCAGACUGGACAGACAAUGACUCAAUGCCUGAAUACAGGAAAGUCUACCUUCCAAACGGGGUCCCUCAGACCUGUUUGCAGUUUCCCACACUUUCCAAAGUUCUAUUGUCUGACUGUACAUCAAACUACAGAGAAAACUGGGUGCCGGUAAUCCUACCAGAUCCCCUGCUGAAUGAUACAAACUGCAUUGUACCCAACAGUGAGCUACAUGAAUUCGCUGAGCCUGAAGAGGACAUAGAAGACUCACCAUCAGAUCUUGAAGAAAUCUUUUUAGGUGGAUGGAUGGUGCAAAUCCAAGGAUAGUAUCAUUUUUCUUAAUCAUUGCCUCUGACUCUGAAAAGAAUUUUUUAGCCAUUUACAACCGUGUUGUUAAUGAAGAAUGUAAACCACUCGCUUAGUAACUCUAAGCUGUGUUGUGAAGUAACGUUUGUGUGAAAUGUGAUGAAACAGCAGGAACUGGUUUACAUAUUUCGGCAAAACAUAUUGUUUAAGUUUUGCAGUGUGACUGAAAUAUACAUGAUGGCCAGACGUAUGAUCACACCUAGCCAUAAUACCCGUAUAUACUACCUGAACAUCUCCCUUGUGUUCCUACAUCACUCUCAUCUCUUCCAGGAAGGUUUUCAGCCUUUAGCUACAGUUAGUCCUGGUGCACAUAUGGCAUUUCAGUUCAUCCUGAAAGUGUUCUUUGGGGUUCAGGUGAGAGCUCAGUGCAGGCCACUUGAGUUAUUCAUCUCCAGUUUUGUCAAUUUUGCUUUGUGCAUUGCAGUACUGUCAUUCUGGAAAAGGUUAGAACCUUAGUUCCAGUCAAAAUACUUCUUUAAUGCUACAGCCUACAAAGAUAUUUUAGACAUUGUACAUCUUUUUGGCAAUAGUAUGAAGAAGGCUCAGCUAUGGGUGUGAUGAUCAGGUAUUCACAUACCAGUCACAAAGUGUACUGUAGCUCAGGGAGCAGCCAAACCUCCAACCAACAUUACUUAUAUAAUUAUGGGAAUGUACGAUUUGUUUUUUUUUUUAUUUGUUUCCUGUUUGACAAGGCAGAAGUAAUUGACUGACUGUAAAUGAUUCUAGUCAAAACAAUGCUUAAUGCUCAACUGUGGAAAGCAAAACAUUAGAGAAUGGAAUGAGCACUUACAAAGAAUGGUGUCGUAGUGACGACUUCGUCAUUAGCCAACAUGUUGGGUGGCUCCUAAGACUUGUACACAUUGUUCUAAAGUUUGUAUAUGUGUCAUUUGGGAUGUUUUUGGCAUUACAUUUUACCUAACAUCAUCUUUUCCACAUGUCAUGAACAGGUUUGUUGAGCGUAUCCGAUAACAGUUAGGAACUCAGAAUGUAGUCACAACUUUUGUAUUCAAAUGACUGUCAGACUGGAUUUCUCACCCAAGUUCCUGUAAAGACUUGCAGAGAUAAAGCCAUCAAGGGUUAUUGUUUAUAGCCCUAUUCGGACGGGAUUAGUUUUACGUGGGGACGUGGAGUAAUGCAAUUUUACCUCUGUAAUAUUAAUUGGCCAAUUCGCACGGGACAAGACAUCUCAGUAAAACUAGCAGAAGUAGGA